CCUGAAGUACUUGAACAACUGAGUGGGUUAAAGGAAUUUUGGAUGGAUGGUAAUAGACUGACACUUAUUCCAGGGUUCAUAGGCACUUUAAAACAACUAACCUACUUGGAUGUUUCCAAAAACAACAUUGAAGUAGUUGAAGAAGGUGUUUCAGGUUGUGAAAGCCUGCAAGACCUACUGUUAUCCAGCAAUUCACUUCAGCAACUGCCGGAGUCUAUUGGUUCCCUGAAGAAGGUAACAACACUUAAAAUUGAUGAAAACCAGUUAAUUUAUUUGCCAGACUCCAUAGGAGGGUUAAUAUCAGUAGAAGAACUGGACUGCAGUUUCAAUGAGAUUGAAACAUUGCCUUCCUCUAUUGGGCAGCUCUGUAAUAUAAGGACAUUUGCUGCAGAUCAUAACUUUUUAACACAGCUGCCAUCAGAGAUUGGGAACUGGAAGCAUGUAACAGUCUUAUUUCUGCAUUCUAAUAAGCUUGAAUUUCUCCCUGAAGAAAUGGGUGAUAUGCAGAAAUUAAAAGUCAUCAAUCUGAGUGACAAUAGACUGAAGAAUUUGCCAUUUACCUUUACAAAACUGCAACAGCUCACUGCUAUGUGGCUAUCAGACAAUCAGUCUAAACCACUUAUCCCUCUUCAAAAAGAAGUUGACCCUGACACACAGAAAACAGUGCUUACAAAUUACAUGUUCCCCCAGCAACCAAGGACCGAGGAUGUUAUGUUCAUAUCUGAUAAUGAAAGUUUCAAUCCAUCUCUGUGGGAGGAACAGCGGAAGCAGCGUGCUCAGGUGGCAUUUGAGUGUGAUGAAGACAAAGACGAGAGAGAGGCACCACCUCGGGAAGGCAACCUGAAAAGAUAUCCAACUCCAUAUCCUGAUGAACUGAAAAAUAUGGUCAAAACAGUCCAGACAAUUGUACAUAGGCUAAAGGAUGAAGAAGCUACUGAAGACAUUGCCAAGGAGUCAAAACGAGAAGGCCAGACUGUUUCUGUAAAAGAUGUGGGGGUAAAGACUUUAGAAAUUGCUUCAAUAAAGAACAAAACAGAUGAGAGAAAGCAAUAUUCAGCACAGAAGCCUACUGAAGCAGAAGCUGAACACAGCAGCACAAAUUCACAGAUGGCUGCACUUGUUAAAACCUUGCAGAACACGAAAACAAUUGUCAACCAUGAAGACACGCUUGAGCAGGAGUCAGAAGAACUGUCCUCUGAUGAAGAGAUGAAAAUGGCAGAAAUGCGACCACCGCUGAUAGAAACAUCCAUAAACCAACCGAAAGUGGUGGCUCUUAGCAAUAACAAAAAAGAUGAUUCAAAAGAUGCUGAUUCCUUAUCAGAUGAAGCUACCCACAAUAGCAAUCAAAAUAACAGCAACUGUUCCUCUCCAUCUCGAAUGUCUGAUUCUGUUUCCUUAAAUACUGAUAGUAGUCAAGAUAUUUCUCUCUGUUCUCCAGUCAAAGAAACACAUGCUGCUGUUUUAACCAAGAUCAGGCAAGAAGAUGAAAAUUUGAAUAAUCUUUUGCAAAAUGGAGAUGAAUUGAGCAUUAAAGUAGAAGAAAAAAUAAAUGUGCAAGAGAAGGUUACAAAUUUGUCUGAAUAUGAAUUAAGCAUUGAAGAAAGAUUAGGCCUGAUAGGAAAAUGUGUUGAUCUAAGCACUCCUACAGAGUCGUCUCACAAGUUAGACCAAAUAAACAUGAAUAUCAAUAAACUGGUUAGUGAAGAGGCGGUGCCAGUUCCUAUAGAAAGGUUACAAACACAGGAAAUAAUUUCAGUAAAGGGCUUUUUGAAUAACAACACAAAUAAAGAAAGUGAGCACUUGGAAAAUGGAAAUAAAUAUCCUAUGAGUAAAGUCAAUGGACAUCCUGAGGAAGCAGUACAGUCUCCCAGUAAAGACAAACUAACAAAAAGCACUACAGUUGAUGGCAAUUCUGCUGAGCUGCCUGUUUCGAGGAGCACUGAAGAUUUGUCCCCACAGAGAACUGGUCCUGUGAUGAAAUCUCACAGCAUCACCAGUAUGGAUACUGGUGGUCUGAAAAUCUACGAUAUUGUCAAUGAGAAUGCAUCUCAACAGUCAAACUCAGUGGUAAAAUCAGCGUCUGAUAGUGCAGAAGGAAAAAACAUAGUCCGAAGCAAAUCUGCUACUCUUCUGUAUGAUCAGCCUUUGCAGGUUUUUCCUGGGUUGUCAUCAUCAUCUGAUUUAGCAUCUUCUACAAAAACCAUGUUCAAGUUCGACUCAAAUCACAAUCCUGAAGGUGCUGAUGUAGUGAGAGGAUCAGUGACAAGUGGUGCACAGAUGUUCUGCGCUCCCCAGUAUAAUAUUCAGUACAGCAGCAGUGCAACAGCGAAAGACACCUUGUGGCCCCAGAAACAAAAUACCCAAGUUGAACAAGGCAGCUUGCCUCCUUCUCGUCUGCUUAGGUCUGACAGUACAGAAACCCCCACCUAUGUAAAGCAUUCUGCCAAUAUGAAUUUCUCCAAUCAUAACAAUGUCCGAGCCAGCGCUGUGUAUAACACUCAUCAACGGAUGGCUGGGAGACAUGUAGAUAUGUGGGCUAUUCCACCAAAUGACAGACUGCUCCCAGGAGCAACCAGACACACUCUGCAAAGGCAGAGCAGUGUAUCUUCUACCGCUUCUAUAAAUGUUGGGGAUACCGGACCUUCAAGGCGGACACAGGUUCCUGAAGGGGACUAUUUAACAUACAGAGAUUUGCAUUCAAUGGGAAGAGCUCCACCAGUAAUGUCUGCGCAACAGAGACCUCUUUCUGCCAGGACAUACAGCAUUGAUGGUCCAAAUGUACCCCGACCACAGAGUGCUCGGCCAUCGGUGAAUGAAAUACCAGAAAGAACUAUGUCAGUUAGUGACUUCAAUUACUCCCGGACUAGCCCUUCAAAGAGAUCCAACCCAAGGGUUAACUCUGAGCACUCUUUAUUAGACCCUCCGGGAAAAAGUAAAGUCCCUCAUGACUGGAGGGAACAGGUGCUGCGGCAUAUUGAGGCUAAAAAGCUAGAAAAGAGCAUGCUGUCUAGGUCCUUUAAUUCCAAUUAUGCUGCAGUUAGCAGCUUUCACUAUGGCAGCUCUAGGGAUCUGCAUGGCAGCCAGGGUAGUGUUGCCUUGAGUGUUGCAGACGGAAGAGGUUCUGGUGUGCACAUUGUUCGACAUCCCCAGGCUUCUACUCCAGGAGACCAAUGCCAGGAUGAAGUAUUCAUUUCAGGACAACAGAAUUACACAUCUGCCACGCUUAGUCUCAAAGAUGUUCCUCCAGACAGCGUGAAGAAAAUAGCUGUGCAGAUACCUUUGACAAAUGGACAAAUGUGCCAGCCUCAAAGACCUCAGGCAAACUACAGCCAAGUCCAUCAUCUCCCUCCUCAAUCAUCAGUAGCAAGACAUCCGUCUAGAGAGCAAUUAAUUGAUUAUUUGAUGUUGAAAGUUGCCCACCAACCUCCCUAUACACAGUCCCAGUGUUCUGCCAGACAAAGCCAUGAGUUGGCAAAGCAAGAGAUUCGAGUGAUAAUUGACAAGGAUCCAGAACUUGGAUUUAGUAUAUCAGGAGGAGUUGGUGGUAGAGGGAAUCCAUUCAGACCUGAAGAUGAUGGUAUAUUUGUAACCAGAGUGCAGCCAGAAGGACCAGCAUCCAAAUUGUUGCAGCCUGGAGAUAAGAUAAUUCAG